AGUGUUUGAGACGGGUCAUGGGAGCGGGGAGACAGGGAUAGUGAACAAUGCCUGUACCCACAAGAACGACGCGGUGGAGAAACACGAGGCCAGACCGCUGGGCCAAGAUUUCUUUGAGACUCUGGAUCCCAGCCAGGAGAACCCAAACAAAUCAAACAAAGGGCUGUCCGGAGACGAGGCACAGCUGAGCGAUGGUUCUUCAGAGGACUUAGCGGUUCUGGACACCGAGAGCUGCGAAGGGUCCAGAGGAUUGGGCCUGAUCUGUUUUGGCCCAGACCCAGAACCAGAUGCUCAACAGAAUGCCGAAACAGCGGCAGAUGCUUAUUCUAUAGGCCUGUACUAUCUAAUGUUGAGGGGGAAAUUCGGUAUUAAGCCGGUGCGAGUUCAUAACCGUAAAACCGUGAUGCAUGCAACUGUGCGAGCAGCUGUGCACGGAAUCAUCAAGCACUGCCUGAGAGAGAAACAAAAUGAAGAUUGUCCUGGGUGCACCAUAGAUGCCCCUGGUCAAAGGCAUCACGACUGCGUGUACUGGUCUUUAGAUGUAAACUGUAAAAUUAAAGACAUUAGCAGUAGUUUGUGUCUGAAGAGUGUGUUAAAUAUCAUCAUCACAUUGGGAUACGCACUGCAGUGCCUCUGUUUAACCCGGGAACAUUUAGCUCUAGGGGCAGAAUUGGUGAAGAAAGUGACAGAGGCCAAGGACCCAAAUAGCAUUUCAGAUGAAAUCUUCAAACCGACAGAUAAAGGAGGAAAAGUUAAGGGGUGGGAUGUUCUGCAGAUAGGCUAUCUCUGAGCGUCAUGCAGUCACAAAGUGUUUUCUUUUGUCUUACAAUCAGAAAAUGGAA